AUGCCUUUCGAACAACGACAUCAACGUGUUGAACCAGUCGCCUCUGUCUCCGACGUGCUGGAUGGAUCGGCGGCGCCGGUGAUCUUUGAGGUCAACCGGCGCUACUACCAGAUGAGCUACUAUUUGUGCGACGACAUAUAUCUAGAAUGGCGUUGCUUCAUCAAGAGUCCGCCGAUAGCAACCAAUCCAAAGGAGGCGAGGUUCAAGAAGAUGCAAGAAUCGGCAGGGAAGGAUAUCGAAUGUGCCUUUGGAGUGUUUCAAGCUCGAUGGGGAAUCAUUCGAAGUCCGGCGCGGGGUUGGUACGUCGAGCAUCUCAAGGACAUCAUGAUGUGUUGCAUCAUUCUCCACAACAUGAUUGUGGAGAACGAAGAUGAAAGAGCUGCCCAUUUGAGAGAUGACGACGCAGGACACGAGGCGUCUAGCAGUGACUGGACGGAGAGUGCUCGAGCAACCCCGUUUUGCUUCGAGGAAUACGCGCAAAGAUAUGCAAUUCUCCGAGAUAGACAGAUACAUGCUUAG